AUGGAGAUAAAAUUCCAGACAACGUUUUCCAGAUUCCCAGGACAAGAUAAAAUUCCUGACAACAUAAAAUUCCCUGACAACGUUUUCCAGAUAAAAUUUAAACCAGAUAAAAUCCCUGACAACGUUUUCCAGAUAAAUUCUGACAACGUUUUCCAGAUAAAAUUCCCGGACAAUAAAAUUCUGACAGUUUUCCAGAUAAAAUUCCCUGACAACGUUUUCCAGAUAAAAUUCCCUGACAACGUUUUCCAGAUAAAAUUCCCUGACAACGUUUUCCAGAUAAAAUUCCCUGAAAACGUUUUCCAGAUAAAAUUCCCUGACAACGUUUUCCAGAUAAAAAUUCUGAACAUAAAAUUCCCUGACAACGUUUUCCAGAUAAAAUUCCCUGACAACGUUUUCCAGAUAAAAUUCCCUGACAAACGUUUCCAGAUAAAAUUUCCUGACAACGUUUUCCAGAUAAAAUUCCCUGACAACAUAAAAUUCCCUGGCAACGUUUUCCAGAUAAAAAUUCCCCUAACACAGAUAAAAUUCCCCGACAACGUUUUCCAGAUAAAAUUCCCUGACAACGUUUUCCAGAUAAAAUUCCCUGACAACCCAAAGCAAGCCAAACCAAGCCAAAGUGAGACAAACCAAGCCAAAGCCAGCCAAACCAAGCCAAAGAGAAGCCAAAGUGAGACAAACCAAGCCAAAGUGAGACAAACCAAGCCAAAGCGAGACAAACCAAGCCAAAGCGAGACAAACCAAGCCAAAGUGAGACAAACCAAGCCAAAGCGAGACAAACCAAGCCAAAGUGAGACAAACCAAGCCAAAAGCCAAAGAGACAAACAAGCCAAAGCAAACCAAGCCAAAGAGACAAACAAGCAAAGCAACCAAGCCAAGCAAGACAACCAAGCCAAAGCAAGCCAAAGCGAGACAAACCAAGCCAAAGUGAGACAAACCAAGCCAAAGGGAGACAAACCAAGCCAAAGCGAGACAAACCAAGCCAAAGACAAACCAAGCCAAGCGAGACAAACCAGCCAAAGCCAAACCAAGCCAACCAAGCCAAAGCGAGACAAACCAAGCCAAAGUGAGACAAACCAAGCCAAAGUGAGACAAACCAAGCCAAACCAAACCGAGCCAAACCAAGCCAAACCAAGCCAAACCAAGCCAAAUUUAGCCAAACCUAUCCAAACCAAGCCAGAGCGAGCCAAACCGAGCCAAACCAAACCAAGCCAAACCAUCCAAAGCGAGCCAAACCUAUCCAAACCGAGCCAAACCCAGCCAGAGCCCAAACCAAGCCAGAGCCAGCCAAACCAAGCCAAGCCCAAAUCCAAACCAAGCCAAGCCGAGCCAAACCGAGCCAGAGCAAAGCCAAACCAAGCCAAACCGAGCCAAACGAGCCAAACCAAGCCAAAGCAACCAAACCAAGCCAAACCAAAGCAAUCCAAACCAAGCCAAAGCGAGCCAAAACCGAACCACCAAGCCAAACCUAUCCAAACCAAGCCAAACCGAGCGCCAAACCGAGCCAGAGAGCGCGGCGGCGGGUCCCCUCGUGCAAUUAGAGCCAAAGAUGACGAAUGGCGCCUCAUUCAUCACGGAACGCUGCAAUUGACUCUUUUUU